AUGGAGCCGGGUAUCAACAAUACCAGCUGGUUCAACGCAGAAACCAUGUCUACGUUCCCUGACCCCGAAGACGUGUUGGGACUUGACACCGAAGCAUAUAUGGCGACUGCGAAUACCGACUUUACCACUACCGCCUUGCCCACAGGGCCCUACACAAAUAUGGAGCCGGAUAUCAACAAUACCAGCUGGUUCAACGCAGAAACCAUGUCUACGUUCCCUGACCCCGAAGACAGGUUGGGUCUUGACACCGAAGCAUAUAUGGCGACUGCGAAUACCGACUUUGGCAAUGCUCCCACCUUUGGCAAUGCUCCCACAUUUGGUAAUGCUAUUCCCUCCGAGCAAAACCCCUUUGACAAUGCUCCCAUAAAUCGCGAGGCUGCUACCUCCACCACAGAUACCGAGGUCAAAAUCAUUCACCAUUCCUUCUAUAAAGGAAAGAGCCGGUUGCAAAACCUGAACCUUGCUGCCCGGAACAACCUUUGUCGUUGGGUAUACUGCAUGGAGGGCGCCAAUAAAGACAUGCGGCUGCCAUUUAUGAAGCUCCAAAAAGCUACCUGGCCGUUUGAGAGCAAUCUGAUGAACGCAGCCCUCGAUAGUGUUGCAGAGGGAAAGCUACCUCGUUGCCAGAUUCUUACCCUACUUACAAUGUGCAGCGACCAGGGACAACUUUGCACCGAUAUGACGCCUUCCCGCCCAGCAUCCCGACACAAGAUCGACACCCUUAUUGAGGGCAUUCGCAACAUCCUCGACAACGACAGUUCCGCAACCAUACGCUUAAGAAAUGCUUCAGCUGUCUGGAAGGCCGGCAUGGUAAAUGAAAACUUCGACCCCCUCGAUUACCAGCCAGGCUUGGUGUCCCCUCGAAGAUCUGCUCCUCGUCAUACGCAAUACAAAAAGCACUUGGGGAAGGCGAAGGGUCCCCGAAGGGUCCGCCCGGUAGAUGGCAAUUCCAAGUCUCUCGGUCGUCGGCCCCAACAGGUAUCCCUUCCAGCAUCUACUGCCAUCCAGUCCUCGGCUCCGCCAGAAGACUUUUCCACAAUUCCUAUCGUUCCUGCAAUCCCUGCCGCUCCCGUCGUCCAUAGCGGGAGUGACGUGAUGACAGGAGGGGUGGUAAAGGGAUUGAACAUCCGCUCGACGGACCCUAUGUUCGGGACCUUUCCCGCCGACAGCGCAUGCCUGGGAAUGGAAAUCUUCAUUCCGGGCCCCCCCUCUGGAAACCUUCCCGCAGGAGACGCAUGGAUGGAAACAGGAUUGAGCCUUGAUACCGAGUAUGACCUAUCCUUGAGCACCCCCUCGAUUGAUUCAGGGCUAGAAUUGGACGACAAAAUGGUGCGUGUCGCAAUGGAGGAGCCCCCCCCCCAAUAA